AUGUGUCGAGAUAAGAAUUUGAAGGGCCCCCAAUCUGAUAUCAUGCCCACAAGUAACAUUCCCAUCAGACUUCGUAUUCUCGUUCUGGACAUUGAUGCUGAUUUUCUUACCUUUAUUUCAGGCUUGCUUAAACUUUUGAAACAUGAAGUGGCUUCAGCUGAUAACAGCGAGAGUACCAUACUAGCGGCUCUAGAGAAUGGUGCUAUACAUUAUACAGUGAAACCAGUUUGCUUUAGUGAUGUGAAAAACCUAUGGGGAUUGGUUUUGGGAGUCAAUGAAACAACAAGAUUGGAUUCAAACAAUAAUAUUACUAACCGUAGAGCAAGUGUUGAUGGGAAAUCAUCAUCAUCCACAGAUGGGAGUAACAAUUCUAAGAGAAAAAGAUCAUCAGAGGGAGUGAAAAGUACUUAUAUUUCUACAAAAAAGCACAAGGUCGAGUGGACUUCUGAACUUCAGGAUCGCUUCUUGGAGGCUAUUAAUUAUAUAGGCCUAGACAAGGCUGUUCCAAAAAGAAUCCUUGAGGUCAUGAAUGUUGAAGGGUUAACCAGAGAAAACGUUGCAAGUCAUUUGCAGAAAUAUAGAAUGUUCUUAAGGAAAGUUGCAGCAAAAAUUUCAGUCAGCAAAUUGUCUAUGGAAAGAGCCCAACUCACAAGACGUGCAUUAUUGUACCAAAACAUUUUAGUAGAAGGACAAGCAUCCACACUGCAGCAACGAAGAUCAUUCCAUGAAAAUUUCGAGCUCUUAGUUAAUCAGAAUACUGCAUGGCUUCUCAACCGGCUGCAACGUGGCGCUAAUGAUCAUGAAGCUUCUAGCAGCAGAUGCCUACCUCGAUCAGGAUCAUACAACACCAGACAAAAUCCAUAUGUACUGAAUGGUCAGACUCACUCUGGAAAGCAGCCUUUGAUGAUGAACACACCAAAUCGUUUCCAACCAGCCAAUUACUGUGGAAUAUUUCAAUCAAACAGUGCUCAAAGAAACUGGUCCAUUACUAACACAUCGGCAGAUGUUGCAUAUAACUUUGGGAGCAAUAAUGCAAAUGGAGUUAAAAUUGGUACCAAUAUUCCAAAUCAGAUUCUGUUUAGUUCAAGCUGGGAUACUUCAAAUGGUGUCAAAAAUUAUGUCUGUGGUGCUAGCAGCAGUCAGUUGUCACCAAUGUUUGUUGAAGGCAAUAAUAUUGGACAAGAAAAUGUUAAUGCUUUAGCACUGGAAAACCCUCUACAGCAACAGCAACAACAAUAUGGUGGUACUGAUCUUGUGAAUGCUUCCAAUAACAGCAGUAGCCAUGUGACAGGAGUAGUGGACUGUUCUAGCUCUACUGAGAUACAUUUGAAAGACAGCACUACUGGUCAUGAUGACCUUGAUAUUAGUGAUAUCUUUUGGAAUGAACUUCAACUAGAAUCCGUUACUGAUGAUAAGGGAAAAGGAAAACAAGUCAUGAAUUCUGAACAAGACACUAGUGAUGACUUUGAUAGUAUAACUUUGGAUGAACUUAAUUCGGAACCCGCGACUUGUGAUAAGGGAAAACAAGUCAUGAAUUCUGAUCCCAAUGCAAGUUUGGUCCAAGAAAAUUCUACUCUGAACAAAGAAAUAUCCCUUCGUCAGGAAAGCCAAGCUGAUAUGAUGGACCUUGAGUUCGAUGGUGAUGGGCUGAAUUUCGUGGAUCUCUCUCCUGAUGAGGACUGGGAAAAGAUUAUGGAGUCAUUGCUCAAGUGA